AUGGACUACGGACUAGAAGGUGAAGUGCCAUGUUCUCGUGUUUCUGACUGGUUGAGCGCCGACAGUCAACCUUCGGGCUCGUGCCUUUCAGGCCUCCUUUCUGAAAAAGAAUCUCUACAUCCUAAUCAGUUUGAUAAUUUAAGCAAGUCCAUUGCAGCGAGCAAGCACGUCCCGUCUUUGCUCAACAAUGUUCAAUGCUUAUCAAGUUCCGUUAAUUCCUCGUUGGAUCACGACGACCAGCUGCUUGCAAUUUACCGAUUAGCACUUGCUGGCGAAGAGGCUGAUGCUCCAUUGGUUGACAUUCAAAAUCAACAACAAAUUCGAUGUUCUUCGUCUCAUCUGAAAAAGCUAGGCGUUAUCCCCUCUUUAUCUCAAGGCAGCAUUGGUCUGCACUCUCCACACCAUCCUGUCUUGUUACUUACUAGUCAGGCCUCUCCUAGUCUUCGUCAUGAUAGUACUCUAUUAAGACCAGAGCCUCCAGAGGUCAAAGAACUUGCUGUAGUCGAUAACUGGAAUUCAGAACAAAUUCUACAUAUGACAAAUUCAGCUUCAUCAUCUCCCUCCCUCACAAUGAAUCGUGAAACUUGA